AUGAAGAAGUCAUUUGCGUUAUCCGCUGGACCACAACGUAAACGCUUGCGUGUAAGAUCGGCAUGCAUUCCAUGUAGACAGCGGAAAAGAAAAUGUGAUAACGGGAAGCCGUGUGGUAUGUGCUCUACUUUCGAAUAUGCAUGUCAUUACGAUGUUGAUGAGGGUCCGUCGGCACCUUUUGUGAAGAAGAUCUCCCAUAUUGGAGGCGAUACGAGAACGAGGUCUUCCCUCGCGAAACCAUCUACGGCCUCAGAUAGCUCUGAAGUUGAGAAUUUGGCAACUUCUACACAGCUCAAAACGGACACAGGUAUUCUUGAUCCGUCCAGAUCAAGGUAUAUGAGUCUCAACUCGGCAGUCGCUUUUCCCCAUAGUCUCGGACUCGAGCUUCAAUCUACAAAUCCGCCACAUCUGCACUCGUUUGCUUGGAACUGCGGUAUACGACUCGAGGAGAAGUCUGACUCUUACCCACAUUUGACCGAGUUCAUAACGAAGGAAGACGCCCAAAGGUACACAGAUAAAUUUUUCUCUGUUGUCCAGCCUCUGUUUGAUAUUUUGGACGUCAGAGAUUUCCGACAUAGUUCUGAGGAGUAUUGGGGAGAGUCUGGAAGAGGAUCCGAAUUCGGAGCCGUUGUUGGUGGUGUAAUAGCCUUGGGGUCAUUUUUUUCAGACAACGAAGGUCAUCCUCGGGAGCUUGAUAUUGUACAGUACUCAAAAAAUGUAUUAGAGGACCCCAAGUUUGCGCGUUCACCCACCGGGGAACAAGUGGCCGGCAGCUUACUGAGAACAAUCUAUCUAAGAUGUACAACUCGACCGCACACGGCGUGGUUAUCCAGUUGUGUUACGAUGCACCUCGCGGAAGCCACCGGACUCCAUCAUGAGAUUGACAAGGUCGAAAUCGCAAGCGAUAAUUACAGUCAAACAUUCUCAAGCGAUCGAGCGAGAAGGCUAUUCUGGUGUGCAUGGUCGGUUAACACUAUUAUAUCGUACGAAUAUGGGCGAACGAAUGCCCCAUUGCGCGAAAUCACCUGUAAACCUCCUAAGGAAUCAAAUGAGAGCUACAUAACACAAAUCGUCCAAUUGGCCCAACUUAUUCCCCAGGAGAUAUCAUAUCAAAGCUCAGAAGCACAAAUUGAAGUAUUACUUAACGCUAUAGCCAAUGUACAGGAGCUACCAGAUGUCCACCCGUUUCUUUCUCUGACCAAAGCGGACUUGUGCCAUUGUUUUUACCGUCGACUUCGAUUAUUGCGUCACCAACUUGAUAAAAGCGACGUAACGAAGAUCAUUAGCGUCGGCACCAAAGCUCUAUCGUCGGGGCUGGAACUCGUGCAAAGAAAUGAGAAUUGGUGGAAUGCUUUAGGCGCUGUGUUUCAAUAUAACUGCAUCCUCCUGGCCAUUGACUCUCCCGAUAGCCUUUCCUGUGUCCCUGCUGCGAAAACUACUUUUGAUCGCAUAGUCGAGGCUUUGAGAACUCAUGUUGCAUUCGAGGCAAAGACAACCGCAGAAAUACUACUUCGAGACUCGAUCAAGAAAAAGAGGCAAGAAAUCGAAGAGUUAGAAAGCGCCGAUCAAGAAGAAUCGGGAUUGCAGUGGCCUUCAUCUCCAACCAUUAAUUGGGACGCGCUACUGGAUCCCUCUAACUCAUUCUAUAGUCCUUAG